AUGUCAGUUUCUUACGCCAAUAUUGCCGCCACCGGUUCCAAUUCCGAAUCACAGACAUCCACGCCGGUGUCGGAGGUGGCUUCCUUGGAAGUAAAUGACACGGAAGUGCAAACUUCACCAAACAACUCGGAAACCACCACGGUUCCAAUCGAACAACCCACUCAAGAAAAACCAAAAAAGACGUUGGCCCCUGCUCCUGUUCCCACAAAAUCGGUAUGGGGAAGUACCGUGAGUCCUCAUAAUAUUUCUGUGGAUGAGAACAAGUGGCCAACUCCAGAUAAGGUCAAAUUGGAACAAGAAACCGCAUCGAAACCACUGCAAAAAUUUAUCAAACCGGUCACCAACAAGUGGGUUCCUAUCAACGCCAAGGUCACUCUUGCCAGUCCUCGGCCUGGUUCUCAAAAGCCACGCAACCGCAAGAAGCGUCAAGGUCAAAAUCAAACCCUGGCUUCUGCUCAUACUGUGGUUCCUCAUUCUCCACCUCUGACUGAAUCUCUGUCUCCAUCCACCCAAUCGCCUUCUAGCCAGGCUACGCAAUCUUCGCAAUCUCCCAAGGUCUCGGAAGACGAAAAAAGCAACGGCCAGCAAAAAAACUUUCGACGUUUUAACGGCAAUGGAAGCCCUCAAUUCAAACCUCGUUUUGGAAGUCCUCAACAACCACCGCAAUUUUUCCCCCAGGGUCAGGGGCAAAACGGCUUCUAUCAUCCUCAGCCUUACCAAAACUUUCAAGGGUAUCCUCGUGGCCAAUACAGGGCUCCUAGAAAUGGUGCACCAAUCAUUAAUGGAGGAUUUGUUCCCGCACCAUUUGCUAAUGGUAUGAUGGGGUACCCCCACACGCAAAUUCCUCCACCAAUCUCUCCCAAACAGGACCCACUGGAAGCUUUGACCCAGCAAAUCGACUACUACUUUUCCUUGGAAAAUUUGAUCAAAGACAUCUUCUUAAGAAAGCAUAUGCAUGAACAAGACGGUUGGGUACCUUUGUCAUUGAUCUUGAACUUUAAGCGGGUCAAAAUCAUUCUUAAUGGCAUCCAAAAUAGCUCGGAUCUGCCUAAUGUCGAUCAAGAUGCCGUUGUGUUGGCUUCACUUGAUCAUUGCAAAAAUUUGGAUAUCGACUACGUGAACGGUAAGACCAAGGAAACUGCCACUGUAGCCGAUAUCAACCUUCGUGUCAAGGAUAACUACAAGCAGUGGUUGCUUCCUGAAGCCUAG